CAAGAAUCUGUGCGGUGAAGAAACCGCUUUCACUCUGCGGCGCAAGGGGAAGAUUGACACAAGCUUUUCGGAGAGGGGUUAUUUUUCACUUUUAUCCCCUAAUAACAUUUUUCUGGACCUGGCCGGAACUUGUUUUGUUGUUCUGAGGAUGUUAUGAAAGCUGUGGCUGUGAAUUAUUGGAGCGCGAGUGAUGGCGUGAAGCCAGCUGCUUUGUUUGUUUGAUUGUUUGUUACUCUGUGAAGGAUUAAGCAACGUGCUAUGAAUAGAUCUCUGAGUUUGAGAUUAUCCAGGAGAUUUGAGAAUCAUGUGUACAGCUAUCAGCCAGAGACUGGGACCCUUCCUGCCAAAACGAAGAAGGGGAAGUCAAUAAAGAAGAAGCUUGAGCCCAGGAAGGCCUUCAGCCUGGAGGAAGAGCAGCUGGAGCUCCAGCACCAGAGCAAGAGCUUGAGCAGGCCGGCCCUGCCAAGGUCUCUCACAAUAGGAGGAGACAGGCCUCUGGAAAGAAAUGACAGCAUCAAUUCAAACAGUAGCUUCAUCAAGCACAACAAAACAUUCCACAAACUCUUUCCCGACAUCCCGGAGAGCGAAGACUUGCUACAUGCCUACAUCUGUGCCCUGCAGAGAGAGGUGCCUUACCACGGCCGUCUCUACAUCACGGAGAAUAAUGUGUGUUUUCACUCCUCUGUGCUCCUCAAGGCCACCAAGGUGGUGAUACCUGUAUCUAAUGUCCAUGUAUUGAAGAAGCAGAACACAGCCCUGCUGGUGCCAAACGCCCUGUCCAUCCGCACUAGCGUGGGAGAGAAGUAUCUGUUUGUGUCUUUGCGGAACCGCGAGGGCUGCUACAAGCUGCUGCGCUCCAUCUGCCCCCAGCUGGAGGCCAGCGCCAACAGUAGUCCGCUCUUCUCCUCUGCAGAGAACAGCUUCGAUCACAGCAAGCUGGUGAACUCAAGCCAGUCUAGCUUAACCGAUGCCUAUGAAGAGCUGGAUGGAGCAGAUUCUGGCCUCCUGCUUCAGCCCCCUCCUACCAGACUUAACAAAGGUACACUGUUGAAUGGAAGUCCUCCCACAUUGAGGGUUCCUCACCGAGAACAAGAUGAAAGUUCUACAGAGGAGUACUCAGGAGCGUCAUGGGUGUGGAGCGUGACUGACAGGGCCAGAUCUGUCCUCAUUCAGAGAGAAGCCACCAACCUCAACACACUCCUGCUCAUCUACUUAAUGCUGGUGGUGCUGCUACUGUUGUCCUCUGGCUACAUCGGCCUGCGCAUUGUGGCUCUGGAGGAGCAGCUGACCUCUUUAGGAGCUCUGCCUGAAUUCACUCUACAUAGCGGGUACAAAGACACAUAACCAAGCAGAUGAAAGGAGAGAUGUGUUGUCUGAUGACCCUGAGGAGGAAAGGUGGUUCCUGCCGAUGUACCAAAAAAAACAAACAAAGAUCAUCAGCUCUGAAGUCUACAUUUCAAAAUAUCUGAAAUCCCAGUCGACCUCAAAGUGCUUUGAAAGGCAGGCCUGUUUAGUUGUGGGCUCUCACUGUUGUGUUCCAAGAAAUAGAUGAGAAACCAAAGGGCUCCAGUGUGAAUCAGACCUCAGCGUGAGUCUGACUGCUGCUGUACUUUCACCCCGGCUGAACCAGCGGAUGUGCGAACGCACGGAAGCGGACUGGGCUGGGCCGAACGGUUCUUCAGCUGCUGAACAUCAGUGUACUCUGUUCCUUAAAGUAAUGUAUUCGUAAUGGAUUCCACUUCUACACCUUUCAAAUUCUACAGUUCUUCUGCUCUGCCACUAUUUCUUUCAAUUUCUGCCAUUCAUCAAAUAUUAUCACUCCUUCUGCCUAGAUUUCCUUGAUCAAGAUCUUGAUUAGCACAGCAAUCACUUACGCUCCUCUCGCGAAGAUGAUUUUUCUCUCUCUUUUUCUUUUAUUUCAAAUCAAAGGGUUGCGGUAUUACUCCUAGCUUUGGCGUGAUUAAAAAAAAUGAAGAUAUCUUUUUUAUUUUUUUAAUGAUCAUCGCUUGGUGGCAAACCCUUUAUACUCUUUCUAUUACUUGAUGUAUGCAUCUAUGCACAAAAAAGAAUCUUACGAUCAGGUUUUUGAGAAGAAUUUUGUAGUUCUAUUUUCUUUUGUUUAGUUUUUUUUUUAUGUCUUUUAUACUUUGGUCUUGUUCGGUCAAAGUAGUUGGACACGUUGAAGAUGCCUAUUUCUAAUCAGACUUAGAACUAUAUAAAAAGAAAAACUAUAAUAACAGCUGCAAAAGAACUGAUGAUGUCUAAUAUACACCCAGAGACAUUGAAUCGGCUGUCUGUGCAGCCCUGCGACUGGGACAUUUUCAGAUUUAGUGCUUGCAUGUCGGUACCAACCGGAAAAAGCAGGUCUAUUGCGGAGGUACUGAAAGACCCCAAAGUAACAUAUGAACAAAGACACUUGAGUCACAUUUCAAUAACCGAACGGAAAAAAAAAUGUCAUGGUCCAAAAUAUGCAUGGAUAAUUUGUUUUUGUGAGUGUUUGUGAGCGUGUACGGUCGUAAUGGAGAAUGUGUGUAAAACCGAGUGUCUUGUAAUCCUGAAAGUGAAUCAGUGCACUUUAAUGUAUGAAGGAGGGGUUGUCUGUUCCAGUGCUGAAGGGUUAAAGUCCAGAGGAGAUUGGCUAUAAGUCAUAUCUGUGCUUGAGUUGAGUUAUUAGGUGCAGUAAUUCUUAGUAGCUUAUCUGAUCUGGAGUCUAGACCUUCAGGACCAGAACUGAUGGACCCCUGGAUGAAGAAACUGUAUGAAAAGAGUUUUACUGUCCAGUGAGGACAUGAGGGCAGGUCUGAGGUACUGGCCUAUUUAAGCUCUGCCCACAAAUGUGUUUUUUUUUUUUUUUGUAUAGAAAGUAUUGCAAGCUUCACAGAAUGCUGGCAGAAAUCUUGUUGAAUCUAACGAGAAACAGUUAUAAUAAUUAUAAUUAAAAUAAUAUUUAUUUGAACAGAUUUUGGACAACAAAAACGUUAAAGGUUUACAUACUUGCUGACACAUAUAAAUAGAGGCCUGCACUUGCUACAGGGGCAACGACACCUUACAGGAUUGGGAAGCCAUUCUUCAAAACCUUUGGCCAUGUUGAUGCUGCUGCUGAGUGCUGCACUGCCCCUAGAUUUUUUUUGUGCAUACCUUACAAUGUGUGUGUAUUGCAUUCAUUUCUAAAGGUGUGCACAACCAAACCCACCAAACGGUUGGAUCAUGUGUUGUACUACGAACUCGUACUUAACAGCAAGUAUAUCUCUAGCUUUUAGUUCACAUUUUAGGGCGGGGCAUGAGUAGGUCAACUGUUAUUCAUUUCUGGAGUAUUAGAUGGUGCUACAAAGCCUUUUUUACUCAGGGCUGAGAGUUUAUGAGCAUGAUCUUCUAAAGCAUCUCACAAUGACACAAAAACCUGUGGACCUCACCUAUUGCACAUUGUACUUGUUGGGCCCUGCUACUUCACCCAUUUCAGCUCAACUUGGGCUUGAUUUUUUUAUAAGCCACUAGACUGCACACAACUUGGCAGUACAUGGUCCUAAUUGUGGCCAGGGACCCUCUUUGAGAUGCUUUCGGAGUUUGUGUUCUUGAUUCUUGUGCUGCUCAUUUUCUAUUUCAAAAGUUUAAACGUUCAACGUUUGGGGCUCUUUACAUGCAUUGGUUUGCCAAUAUCUGUUCCUGUGUGUAUCACCUGGGUAAAGAUCUGUAUUUGUAUGUACCGAGUGAAGCAGUUGCAUGCUGACGAACCCACCAUUUCACAUUCUUCAGCUCAUUUCCUAAAUAAUUUCCUGAUUCAAAAAUGAUGGAAUUUAUUUAUUUUUUCUGGGUAAUGUGAAAGUGCUCCAUCAAGGCGUCUCCAAAUAAUAAAACAUAUAUAUAUAUAUAUCCUGUACUGUUUCACACAGAAACACUGAACUUAAGCAACGGAGCACCUUCUUCAGUUAUAUUCAUAAUCUUAAUUCCCUCAAAUAACCACAAUGCAAGACUCCAAAAAAAAACACGGUGUAUCAUUUCUCUGUAUUUUGCACUAUUCAAGUGUUGUAAAUAAUAUUUUGUAUUGAUUUUUUUUGUCUUUCAAAGAGUCCCCCUCAAUCUAUUUAUUGUAUUCUGUGUAAUUCAAAGUGGUCUCUGUGAGACAGGCUUUGACCCUGAAUAAAUCAAAUGAUGGGGAGAAGUACA